UCUAACCUCUCUAAGCUGCGCCAUCUUGACCAGCAGGAACAAACAGGUACUCUACAUCAGGAGCGGCUCACCGCGGUCGAACAGCCGUUGACCUUCCGUCCUCCAACUCGCCGUGGAAACAUGGCUCUGAGCCGCCUGGAAAAGGCUCAGGCGUGGCUCUUCAGGGCUGUCACGUCCUUCUUCUUCAUGAUUUUCCAGCUCCUCUCCAGCCCCGCUGCCUCCGCGAGGAAGUUGCCGCCCGUCAGCAACCCGCUGCUGCUCCAGUCAGCGACGCAGCUCGCUAAGAAGAUCCGGAGGAAAGAGGUAUCCAGUGUGGAGGUGGUGCAGGCUUACAUCGACAGGAUCCAGGAAGUUAACCCUUUUGUGAAUGCUGUUGUAAAAGACAGGUUUGCGGCUGCCCUCCAGGAGGCGGCCCAGGUUGAUAAGCUCAUAGAGGAGGAGACGGGAGGAGAAGACGUUCUGGAAGACAGACUUCCUCUUCUGGGCGUCCCACUGUCCGUCAAGGAGUCCUACUCCCUGCAGGGCAUGCCCUUAUCCACAGGGUUGGUAUCCAGACGGGGGGUCGUUGCCUCCGUCGACGCUCCCCCCGUGGCGCUGCUAAAGAGAGCCGGCGCCGUCCCUCUGGGCGUCACCAACACCAGCGAGCUGUGCAUGUGGCUGGAGUCCCACAACCACCUGUACGGGAUGACGUGCAACCCGUACGACCUGGAGAGGAUAGCGGGAGGGAGCUCAGGAGGGGAGGGCAGUAUUCUGGGAGCAGCAGGAGCGGUCAUCGGCGUGGGCUCAGACAUUGGCGGCAGCAUCCGCAUCCCUUGUUUCUUCAAUGGUGUAUUCGGCCACAAAACCACUCCAGGUGUGGUGUCCUGUGAGAACCAGUACCCUCCCACCUCUGGCACACAGCACGAGUACCUCAGCUCUGGACCCAUGUGCCGCUACGCUGAAGACUUGCUGCCCUUGCUCAAGAUCAUGGCAGGACCCAAAGCUUACAAGCUGUCCUUAAACGCAGAUGUGGACCUGAAGAAGCUGCGGUUCUUCUCCAUCCCUCACGACGGCGGCUCACUCUACACGUACCCCGUCAGCAAGGAGCUGCUGGACGCUCAGGAGAAGGUGGUGAAGCGUCUGGAGGCUGACCUCGGGGUCAAAGUGCAGGAGGUGUGCUUUCCUGAGCUUCGCUACGGCUUCCAGAUCUGGGACACAUACAUGGGUCUGCCUGAUGAAGAAGGCAAGCCUCCUCUGGCCUUUGCGGAGCUGAUGGGGGAGCCGGGUCGACCGGCGUGGGCGUUCUGGGAGCUGCUGAAACGGAUGGUGGGAAAAUCCGAGCACACCAUGCCUGCUAUCUUCCUGGCCCUCUUCGAGAAGACCCACCUGUCCAAGCCAUCGCCUUUCAUCAUCCAGCAGAAGGAGGCGCUGCAGAAGAAGAUGGAAGAGCUGCUGGGCACCGACGGGGUGUUGCUUUACCCGCCUCACCCCCGAGUGGCACCCAAGCACCACCACCCGCUCUUCAGACCCUUUGACUUCACCUACACAGGUAUCCUGAACAUCCUCGGGCUGCCGGUUACCCAGUGUCCUCUGGGGCUUGGUGAGGAGGGUCUUCCUCUGGGCGUGCAGGUCGUGGCCGGGAAGCUGCAGGACCACCUAACCCUGGCUGUGGCCCUCUACCUGGAGAAGACCUUCGGAGGAUGGAGGGACCCCGGAGCGAAGUGAAGCCCCUCCGCCGACGGACUGACGGUGCGUUGAUGUGAGAGCUGCCGUCUCCUGGUUCUGCCUCGUCGCCCUGCAGCAGCAAGCGACCGACAGAGAACCCGAAGCAAGUUUGGUACUAAUAAGGAAAAACUCGUUUCAGUUUGAUUUUUUUUAUCUCGGAAGCAUCGGAUCAUUCACAUUUUCACGGGGGACAGGGGCUUUAGUCACAUCUGGCUUGUUUUAUAAGAGCAGCUUGUGCGGUUGAUACUCCUAAAUCCUCAUUCUGGAGUCUAAACAACUUAGACAUAAAAUUCAAUUCUAUCGAAACAGUAAAUUUAUCAUUGACCAAAGUGCAUUAUAGAGAUUAAACUGGAGGGUCUAACGAACCAGAGAAAUGAAAUGUUGAUGUAAGUUGGUGAAGGUGUGAGGCUAAUUGUUAAAUGUUAACAUGAGAAACUAAAAAAAAACAAAACACUUUCAUGACAUCAGCAGUAGAGGCGAUGAAAGCAGAGAAAUAAUAGCACAAUCUUCAUCAGAUGAGAAAGUUUCUUGUUUAAGUGAAUUAAAACUAGAGGAUUUUCUCUCUUCACUUUACAGGUUUUAUAAGGUUUGACUGAAAUACCUUAAAUCUGCUGCUUAUUCUGAUUCCCCACCCGAAAUCGAGUUAUUAUUAUCACAAAUAUUCAAGGUACCACUUCAUGCUGACGUUUACAACACAGGAAUAAAAACCCCUUGGAUCACCAAGUGUCAGCACUAAUGCCACACUAACGUUGGGCUUCUUUUCUACCAGCUGAACGAAGUUUUAAAAACAAAAAUUACAUCCACAAGUUUGACUUGAUUGUGGGUUUCCUCUAAUUUACAUAAUUACACAUACAGGCUCAAAUAUAUUGGCAGAUGUGCAUAAUAAUCUUUCAUUGAGAGAAACGAUAUGCUUUCUGUAGCAUCAACAAGCUCCUGAUAUAAUUCUGCUGGGAUAUUUGAUCCCAAAAUGCAUGCAUGCUCAUUUUAACUGCUUGCUUUCCUGGUACCGAUCCAGGAAAGAAAGCAGGGUUAUCUGCUUUCUUUAAACCCUCUACUUGUUGACCUGAUGAGAAGUUGGUGUAUGUAUAUUUUUGAGCCUGUAUGGAGAAUUUUGUACUUAUCUGGAUUUUUGGAAAAGCCACAGUAAAUUAAAACAAUUAUUUUUGCAGUUCUUUUGUUUUUCAAUCGCCCUGAAAAACAAGCACAGCCCUAAAAAAACCCCCAUAAAUUAUAUUAAUGUUCAUAAUGAGUGCCCAUAAACUUCCUACUGGAAUUGUAAGUAAUAAUGAGCCUUAAUAUGAUCCUGACUGUGGUCUACGGUCACUAAACUGUAAUUACAACCAGAUUUUGACUCACACCUGCUGAUAUUUAACUCUUAACAAUUGUUUACACUCUGAUGUGUAAACAGCCUUUAGAGCAGUGGUUCUUAACCUUUUUUGAGCUACCGAACCCACCAGUUUCAUAUGCGCAUUCACUGACCCUUCUUUAGUGAUAAAUAAAUUUUUUUUUUUCAAAUUCAAGAUAUAGGUUGUUUUUUUUACCCCUCCAAGGGGUCUUUUGUGGGCUCUAGUGUCCCUUAUAUGAAAGUAGGCUGACAGGAAAUGGGGGGGUGGGAGGGGGGAGACAUGCGGUAAAUGUCGCCGGGUCCGGGAAUCGAACCCGCGACGGCCGCGUCGAGGACUCAAGGCCUCCAAACAUAGGUCGCGCUAUCCCCCACACCACCACAGCAAGCCCAGGCAUGUGUUUUUUUACUGGUGCACAAAAUGAGCCGUGCAUGAACGUCACCUUUGCUCAAAGAACAAAACCAACACAAUGCAUGAACUCACAACAAAUUUCAGUAUUACUUUAUUCUGGCCCCCAAAAAAUAUUUCAGCCCCAUAAAAGAAUUUCAGCCCCCCAAAAUAUUUUUUUUUACUAUUUUUACUAAUUAAAAAUAAAUUUGGAUUUUUUUGAAGAAUUUAAAAAAAAAUUUAAUAACUUAAUUUUUUUAUUUUAUUUUAAAUUUAAUUUGUUUUUUGUCGUUUUGAAUCCACAAAAUACUUUUUUGGGGCCAGAAUUAAGCAUGGCAAAGAGGACAUACCUGCAAAUCAGUGUGACUUCUGCUGCUGUUUUUGUGAGACCAGUUCAGAGAGGCGUGGCUUCACCUUGGCAAGUGCAUCUUCAGAGCAAAGUCUGUUCAUUUUCUUCCUUUUUUGCUUGACAUAUUUAGUAUGGAUUAAAAUAUUAAGAAAGAAACCACACGACGUACAACUACGACAGCCGCUGAUACUGCGCGCACUAAAUUCCCCGCAGCCCUGAUUGGCCAAGCAAUGUAACAUGAUCCUCUGCAGCAAGUGAUGGUCAAGCGGGGCGCGUCAUCACGACUUCACACAAGUGUCUUUACCUCCGCGGCUCCUCCGAACCCCUAGGGUUCGAUAGAACCCAGGUUAAGAACCACUGCUUUAGAGUGAGAAGGAAGCUGUGGCUGACUGCAACCAGUUCAAGCAUCGACAUCAUCACACCACCUCAGACCAAAUCAUGUUUUAAAAGUGAAGCCUGUUCGGAUUUUGUAGCAAAUUUUGAGGCACAAUUUCCCGUUUCAGACCAAGUUCUAGGUGAGUGGAAACACUGUUGGGAGUGUUAAGCUGUAGCACUGUGCAGACUUUGCUUUUCACCACCACUGUGUUAAUAAAUCUUCCACUAAUUUAUAUAUAAAUCUAAAUAAAGCUCAAGUACAAACAGUUGA